GGGGCAAGUGCCGGUAGUAUCCAUGAGAGAUAGCCGGGCUGCAUCUCGGGGUUCAAGAGGAGGCUGUGGAGGCCAAGGGAGCCGUGGAGAUCAUUGGGCUCAAACUGUGAGUGACGGCCACGUUAGUUCGGUGUAUGAAACCAACACCGAAGACUAUGACUCUACAUACGUUCCUGAAACGGAGCAUGAGGAGACCCCAUAUGAUGGGGGUGACACGUGCACCGACGAUGAUGACGAAGAAAGUGAUGCCAAGUUCGCCCAAAUGGGCGAAUUGCUUGAGUGGUAUCAAAAAGAGAAACUCAGGAGAGACCUUAGGCGUCAAGCAAGGCGUGGCUCUCAUGGUGGUUCGGGUCAAGGUAGCCGGGGAGCUUCAAGGGCCACUCUAGCGGCAUCACAAGGUGGGUGUGAAGGAGGGUUUUGUGUGAGGAUAUCCAAAUACCUCAAGGAGGCUAGGGCCUUGGGGUGUAAAUCCUUCGACGGCACCGGUGACAUUACUGUCGCCGCCGAUUGGAUAAAGAAGGUGAAGGAUGCGGCAAAAGACAUGCAAAUUACACCGGAAGUGAAGUUGACCGUCGCUUCACGUCUGCUUGAAGGGAUAGCUUCCACGUGGUGGGAGAGUGUAGAAGGGAAAUACCACGGGGAGGUCUCAUGGUUAAAUUUUGAUCAAGAAUUCUAUGACCAAUACUACACUGACUAUGAGAAAAAUGUCAAGCGUAGGGAGUACACCAACCUUGAUAGUCCCCGUUUCUGUAACAGCAAUGAAUAACAGUCUAACAAAGAAGAUUAAACGUAAAGAUGAACACUGAUGAAUCGAUGUAAAACCCUCUUUGAUAGACCCUGAACUCGUACACAGAAAGAUUUGCG